AACACACGGGUGGCGGCGGCGCGAGCGUGGGCUGGGGCCAGCCGGUGCGCAUGCAGGGGCGAGGCGGCGCGGCACGCCCGGGGUCUCUCGUCAGCGCGUAGGGGCAAGGCGGCGACGGCGCGCGCGGGGGCGAGGCGGCAGCGGCGCUAGCGGGAGCUCGAGGCGGUGCGCGAGCAAAGGGUCGGCGAGCAGGGGCAAGGCGGCAGCGGCACACGCAGAGGCGAGGCGGCGGCGGCGCUAGCAGGAGUUCGAGCUGGCGACGCUCGAGCCGGCGCGCGAGCAGUGGCGCGGCGGCUCUCGAGGAAGGGCGACGCGGCGCACGAGUAGGGCCGUUCGUAGCCUCCAACUGCACAUCGGGGUUCCCAUUCACCACGAAGGUAGGACAUGGACAACACUAGUGGCAAAGGAGGAAGCACCCAUGCUUCAUGGACCUCAGCUAUGUCAUCUUUCAUGCUGAAACUCCUUGCUAAUCUUGUGGCCGGUGGCACAAGGACCUCAUCUGACUUCAAGGCAGUGCAUCUCAACACAUGUGCUAGGGCUAUGAAUGAAAGGUUCAACAGUACUCUCACGGGUGAGCAAAUUAAGAAUCAUUUGAAGACAUGGCAAAGAAAGUUUACAAAGAUAAAUAGGCUUAGGAAAGUGAGUGCUGCUGGUUGGGAUGAGAAAAUUUUCAUCAUUACUCUUGAUGAUGAGCACUACAAUGGCUAUAUUGAGGAUCACAAGGCUGAUGCUGAUUAUUUUAACAAACCUCUUGCGUACUAUGGUGAGAUGCUUACAAUAUUUCGUAGCACCAUGGCUACAGGAAAGUAUGCAAAAGACUCAAGUUCAGUCCUAGGAACAGAAGAUGUCCAAACUGAAAAUGAUGAAGAGGAAAAUGAUGGCCCUGCCACUACUGAUGAUCGUGCGGAGGCAUCAUCUGCAAGCAAGCCAAAGAAAGCUAGAACACAAGAAAUUGAAGAUGAUGGGCUGAUUGGUGCAUUCACCAGUGUUGGUGACAAGUUAGCUUCUGCUAACUAAAGGUCGCUGAGCCAGACAAUAAACUGCCAGAUGGUUUAUUUGAAACCUUGAAAAGCCUUCCUGGGUUUGAGGAGAUCCAUGUAUCUGUUUACUAUGCUCAUUUGGUUGCCAACCCUCACAUUGCUAGAGCUUUUGACGGACUUCCUUUCGAAAAGAAGAUGCAUUGGGUCCACUUGUUCAUUAAUGAGAAGUUUCCUAGAUCAAUGUAGAGUUGUUGGAUGAGUUGGGUAGUUCUUUUGGUAUUAUGUGUUGCCGGUGGGGCCAUGGUCAUGUAUGACUUGUACUGCCAAUAUGUUUAAGGCAGUGAACUCUCUAGUAGGUGUAAGACUUAAAUUUGCUAUUAUGUGUAAGACCUUAAUUUGCUAUUAUGUGCACGACUUGGAACUUCUUAUUAUGUUUGGCUUGGACUCUA